AUGUGUUCCGAGUCUUUGUUCGUUGCUGCUGAAGCGGUUAGUGGAGGUGGGCACGCGAAGAGGCACUCCGGAGAGUUGCGCGUUAUCUGGGGUCAGGCGUGUCUUGUCGUUUCGCGUGCGACAUGGAAGCUGUAUCUGUUGCUGUAUCACCUUGGACGACGGACGCCUCAUUAUUUCACACAAUCAACCCUCGUUCGCCGUUCGCCAGCGUCGUGA